AUGGCGCUGUACUCCAUCAUAGUGGACGCAUCACGAAAGGACUACUUGGCGCACAUGCCAGAAGAGAUAAAACGCCUCAUCGCUGACCAUCUUCCAAAUGGCGACCUUCUUCGACUAGCACGCGUCAGCCCGGUCAUGAAACACCAAGCGCUGUUCGUGCUUCACUUUCGAGAUGCCACCCAGGGCACAUCGGAAGCUAUCAAAUUCGCCGUGGUGCGCAGCUGUUUGGCGCCGGCAGGCAAAGAAAAGAACGCAGUCUCGAAAUCCUGCCGAAACAUAUUUGAGCGCUCCCUUCGACUGGGCGCCAACGUUAAUACCAUUCAUGUCAGGGGCUCCAGUCGUGUCACGGCACUGGCUGUGGCUGCCGCCUUCAAGAAUGGUUUGUUCUGGGUCCGAAGAUUGCUCGCCGCCGGUGCGGACCGAACGAUCAUAUCCAAGAACCUGCUAGCCAUGCCGGAGCUGGGAGGCCUGUGUGGCAAAUGGAAGGAACAAUGUCGAAAGAUCGACAGUCCACGCAUAGUGGAUAAAGUGCUUCGAGGUCAGACGGAAUGGCUGCCCCUUUGUGUACCGGCCGUGAUGAGGUACGACGACAUCUGCAACGUUCUGUGUGAAAGUGAAAAGUCCUCGCCAUACCUUACUGUGCCGUACGAUGCCGUCGACACCCACAGACUCACCAUCUUGCAUACUUAUGCGUGGGAGCUGGAUACGGAUACACCAGGCCAAUGCUUACAACUUUUCGAGAAGUACCCUGACAACUGGAACGAUCUGAUUCCACUUGCGGGAUACAAUGCUUUACAUCUAGCGAUAGCAUCUGGGAAUAUGAUGCUUUUCGACAAGUUCCUCGACGCAAGUAAUGUCAUCAUCGACAGCCAGGAAUGGACCAGCUCGCCGAUUACAUGGGUCAUUGAAGAGUGUGCUGAAACUAGCAAGCAUCAUGAGCAGAAGGCCAUGGCUCAGAGAAGACAAUGCCUCAAGCCUGACCUGAAUGCUCUCCAUGAAUGCGACACGUUGCUGCAUACGGCUUUUCCAGCCGCUUGCACGCCGCUCACGGCUUUGCUGAUCGCCUUGGCGAACUCAAAGUCUUGCUCAAGUGAAAGUGGGCUGUGGUCAAUGUUUCACAAAAUGGUCGAUGAGCACGGCGCAGACGUCAAUGUACACCACCCUUCUCAGAGCUCGCUCACGAGCCAAGUCUUCGACCAUAUUCUAGGACGUCGGAAGAAAGAUCUGCUAAGCGAGGGCGACGCAAAAUCGCUGCUGAAGAACAUGAGGAAGGUCGGCGCGAGGCUCAGGAUCACAGAGGCGCAGGGUUUGUUGAUGUUGUUCGCCAAGUGGGUAAACGUGUAUUGCAGCCGCCUUGAUAUUCACUACGGCGCGACUGAAGCCAUCGCGGAUAUCCAAGAACUCUACUGCCUGGGCGCCAAGGUGGGAUCAGAACUGGAUGGUGUUUCGGCCAUCGAUGAGUUCUAUCGUUGUGCCGACAAGUUCAAUACCGCUGACACACGCGGUGGCGCGGUUAUGGACAAGAUCAAACUAAAGCUCUUUGAGGUGGAGAGAGAAGAGCGCCGCAGAAGUCGGAAUGGCUCUCGGUAG